UAAAACUUUUUAAAAUAUUUCUAGCCAUCCGGCCAAACUUGUAGUGGAAACUUUAAAUGGAGAAACCAACAUGUUAAUUAGCAACGAUGGGACGGUUAUGUGGAUACCACCGAUCACAUUUUCUACGUUUUGUAUCAUCAACAGAUCAGGAAACGAUCAGAAAUGCAAUAUUACAAUAGGUUCCUGGACAGAAAACGUUAAUUAUAUAAAUUUGAAGUUAUCUAAAGAUAAAGUCGAUACUUCCCAUUUUUCCAAUACCAAUCCGAAAUGGGAAGUUGUGCGAUUCGAAGCAAUACGUCAAGAAAGAUUUUACGAGUGUUGUCCCGAAGCUUACGUCAGCAUUUCGUACAUCUUCGAACUGAGAAAAUGGCAUUCGAAAGCCGUUAAUGCUAAGGAAAUUAUGUGCGGAACCACUUUGAUCGCCAUCAUCCUCACCCUUGCUAUGUUUUGGUUACCAUCCGAUUCGGAGAAAAAAUUUACGUUGGGUGCUGUUUCCCUCCUCAUUCUAGCCAUGAUCUUGCUACUGGGUCAUCUCUCCAAACCUGGAUUAGAAGUAGCAGCCUCUUUCACCAGAAAUUCUUUGUUUAUAAUGGCGGCGGCCAUCUUAGUCGAGAUCGUCAUCGUAAACAUUUCCAGUAUGAAAACGGCUUGCAAGACUCCAAAGUUUCUUACUUCCGGUAUUAUCGGUCGAGUGUUAUUAUUAAAUUCAACCGAAUCUUCGAAUCAAUAUUCAGAUGCCGAGAAAAAUAGUAAAAUUACAAUACAAGCAAAUUUCACAGAUCAGAAGAGCGCUUGUCAAGGAUGGAGCAUCAUCGCUACUGCAUGCGAUCGAAUAUUUUUUUUCGUCUUUCUUCUCACUUUUAUCAUAGAAAGAAGCUUUUAAACAUAUAUACAUUAUAUGUUAUGUGCACUAUUAUAUAGUACAAGUCGACCCCCCUAUAACACUGUUGAUUUUUCCGUUUUAUAUGAAUUCCAUGUUAUACGAGUCACUUAGAUUUUACAAAUACGUGUGCCAGGGUGUGAA